CGUUCGGUCUCGGGUGACAGCCAGAGAACAGCCAAUACCAACAACUAGGAGAAAGCCAAUUAGAACAGCGCCACGCGACACAAGCUCGAAGGCCAAUCGCCGUCACCAUCCGGCGAGUAGUAGACUACCAAGUCCCGAAAAUGAGUCGAUUACUUCUACGCUCCGUCUUGGAGCUUCGGACACCCAUCACCCGCCUCCCGCCGAGCUUCCUCCUCCCAACCCACGCCCGCCGGUACAACUCCACGGCGCCAAUCGUCGAGCCUGUUGCCCAAAAAGCGCCCAAAGUUACUCCGCUAGACACCCCAACGAAGCCCUCAAUAGCGCAACAAGCCCAGGCCGCUGCUGUAGACACCGCCGCACCGGCCGCGACGACCACCCCGAUCCCCGAAUCUGUGCAGGCUGUCCUCCCCUUCCUCGCCGCCCAGCCCAACCACUACAUCACCUUUCACAUCCACGGUCGUCCGUACCUCGUUCAGCCCGGCGACAGUAUUCGCCUGCCUUUCAAGAUGCCCGGUGUUGUGCCCGGCGAUGUCCUCCGCCUGAACCGCGCCUCCGUCAUCGGCAGUAGGGACUACACUCUCAAGGGCGCACCCUUCAUCGACGAGCGCGUAUUCGAAUGCCGCGCUGUGGUAACGGGUACUGAGAGUGAGCCUAUGCGGCUCAAGACGAAGACGAAGAGGAGGCAGAGAAGGGUAAAGACGGUCAAGAGCAAGCACCGCCACACGAUGCUGACCGUUAGCGAGCUGAAGAUCAACCGGGUCGAGGAGAUCGAGGCCUGAGUGAAUGUCAACCGGUGGUUGUCAAGGUUGUUCGAGUAUAAAUGAGGUGGAAACCCACAAGAUCGUAUGGUCCAUUGUACUAGUGACGUCCCCCUAU